GUGGGGUGUGGGUGGGUGGGUGGCGGUGGUGGGGGAGGUUGUGUGUGAAGGCGUCUAUCAUUAGUAGUAUUGUUGUUGCUGUAAUAAGAAGAAGACGGCGGGAAGAGGGUGAGAGGGAGAGGCCGUAGAGAGAGCAAAGCUGUGCGGACGAGCUCGCACCGCGUAGAAGCUUCACAGAGGAACGGGAGAAGCGGGUAGAAUGGAGCCUCCCUCGGGUGAAAUGUCAAGCCUGCAGCUGGCAGCCAGCAGUGGCCUGGGUGGCAGCCGCUUCCAAGUGAACGUGGUGGAGGAGGAGGCGGCCGCCGCCGCUGCCGCAGCCGCGGCCGCCGCCGCAGCGGCCGCGGACGGCGGGGGGCAGCCGGAGCGGGGAUCGCAGGAGCCGCCGGGCACCCAGGAGGAAGCGCAGGAGGGAGCUCGCGAGGACGGGCCGGAGGAGCGAGGGGAGCAGCAGCAGAAGAAGCAGCCGCCGCACGGCAACCUGAGCGACCCGAGCCACAAGGAGGAGGGCGGCAAGGCCGGGCGCUUCCGCGUGAACUUCGUCAACAGCCGCUCGCGCAGCAACAGCAGCAGCAGCGGCGGCGGCGGCGGGGCCGGCGGGGAGACGUCGCGCAGCGAGGGCAGCUACCACGCGUACGACACGCACACCAACACCUAUUACCUGCGCACGUUCGGCCACAACACCAUCGACGCCGUGCCGCACAUCGACUUCUACCGCAACGCCGGCUCGCACCUGGGCGACAAGCUGGUGCGGCCCACGCUCGCCGAGCUGCACGACGAGGAGCAAGGGGACGGCAUGGGAGACAUGGACGGGCUGGUGAACGGAGAAGGCGCCUCCGCAGGGAGCGCCACCCUGCUGCAGACGGGCGACCAGGGCGGCGUCGUCAAGUUCGGCUGGAUCAAGGGGGUGCUGGUACGAUGCAUGCUCAAUAUCUGGGGCGUGAUGCUCUUCAUCCGCCUGUCGUGGAUCGUCGGGCAGGCCGGCAUAGGUCUCACCAUGGUCAUCAUCGUGAUGAGCACGGUGGUGACGACCCUGACGUCCAUCUCCAUGUCGGCCAUCUGCACCAACGGGAACAUACGAGGAGGUGGUGCGUACUACCUGAUCUCGCGGAGCCUGGGGCCCGAGUUUGGUGGCUCCAUCGGCCUCAUCUUCGCAUUUGCCAAUGCGGUCGCCGUGGCGAUGUACGUGGUGGGCUUUGCCGAGACGCUGCGAGACAUCCUCAAGGAUAACAACGCGCUGAUGAUCGACGAGACGAACGACAUCCGCGUCAUCGGCGUCAUCACCGUCAUUUUGCUCUUAGGAAUAUCGGUGGCCGGCAUGGAAUGGGAGGCCAAGGCUCAGAUCGUCCUCCUGGUCAUCCUGCUGCUGGCCAUCGCCAACUUCCUCAUUGGCACAUUCAUCCCCCCGACCGAGGACAAGAAGAGCCGAGGAUACUUUGGCUACCAAGCGAAAGUAUUUUCGGAGAAUAUGGGCCCCGAUUUCCAAAACGGAGAAACCUUCUUCUCGGUGUUCGCCAUCUUCUUCCCGGCGGCAACCGGCAUCCUGGCUGGGGCCAACAUCUCCGGGGACCUCGCCGACCCCCAGGCAGCCAUCCCACGCGGCACGAUGCUCGCCAUCCUCAUCACCACCAUCACGUACCUCGGCAUCGCCAUGAGCACCGGCGCGGUGGCGGUGCGCCACGCCACGGGCCGCAUCAACGACUCGCUGGCGCUGAGCGGCUCUGCCGCCAACUGCUCGGGCGCGGCGUGCGACUUGGGCUACGACUUCUCCUACUGCAAGGAGCACGAGUGCAAUUACGGCCUCAUCGACAACGUGCAGCUGAUGACGAUGGUUUCGGGCUUCGGGCCACUCAUCACGGCCGGAAUCUUCGCGGCCACGCUGUCAUCCGCCCUCGCAUCGCUCGUCAGCGCCCCCAAGGUCUUCCAGGCGCUGUGCAAGGACAACAUCUACCCCAAGAUGCAGAUGUUCGCCGUGGGCUACGGCAAGAACAACGAGCCGAUCCGCGGCUACUUCCUCACCUUCAUCAUCGCCAUCGCCUUCAUUCUCAUCGCUGAGCUCAACGUGAUCGCCCCGAUCAUCUCCAACUUCUUCCUGGCCUCGUACGCGCUCAUCAACUUCUCCUGCUUCCACGCCUCUCUCGCCAAGUCCCCAGGCUGGCGCCCGGCCUUCAAGUACUACAACAUGUGGGUGUCGCUGUUCGGCGCGGCGCUGUGCUGCGGCGUGAUGUUCGUCAUCAACUGGUGGGCCGCCCUUGUCACCUACGUCAUCAUUUUCAGCCUCUACAUCUACGUCACCUACCAGAAACCCGAUGUGAACUGGGGCUCGUCCACCCAGGCGCUGACUUAUCUCAACGCGCUGCAGAACUCGAUCCGUCUUUACGGCGUGGAGGACCACGUCAAAAACUUCCGGCCACAGUGCCUGGUGCUGACGGGCCCCCCGGAGUCUCGCCCGGCGCUCGUGGACUUCGUUCACGCCUUCACCAAGAACGUGGGCCUCAUGGUGUGCAGCCACGUAUGCGUGGGCCCGCGGAGGCAGGCGCUCAAGGAGCUGACGGCCAACGCCUCCAAGCAGCACCAGUACCUGCUGCGCCAGCGCCGCAAGGCGUUCUACUCGGCCGUGUGCGCCGACGACCUGCGAGGUGGCACGCUCCACUUCCUGCAGGCGGCAGGGCUGGGCCGCAUGAAGCCCAACACGCUGGUGGUCGGCUUCAAGAAGAACUGGCGGCGAGCCGAAUCCAAGGACGUGGACGAGUACAUCAACAUCAUCCACGACGCGUUUGACUUCCAGUACGGCGUGCUGGUGUUCCGCCUGCACGAGGGCCUCGACGUGUCGCACAUUGUGCAGAUCCAGGAGGAGCUCCGCCUGCUGGAAAAGGAGCGCGAGGAGGAGAAGGACAUGGAGACGGAGAAGGGAGGCCUCACGGACGUAGUGGUGGGGGGGGGUGACAAAUCCGAGUCCAGCAGCCCCCAGGAGGCCACCGAACCGGGAACUCCACUGCGCAUCGUCACUGGCAGCGGCACCCCUGGAGCGGAGGAGGAAGAAGGCAAAGGGCAGCAGACAAAGCCUCUGCUGCAUAAAGAGCGCCGCAGCAAGCUGCACACCCUCCCGCUGACCAACUUCGACCAGAAGCUGCUGGACGCCAGCGCGCAGUUCAACAUUCGCCAGGGCAAGGGGACCAUCGACGUGUGGUGGCUGUUUGACGACGGAGGCCUCACCCUGCUCGUGCCCUACCUGCUCACGACCAAGAAGACGUGGCGCGACUGCAAGAUCCGAGUGUUCAUCGGCGGCAAAAUCAACCGCAUCGAUCACGACAAGCGCGUGAUGGCGACGCUCCUGAGCAAGUUCCGCAUCGACUUCUCGGACAUCGAGGUGCUGGGAGAUAUGAACACAAAGCCGGACAAGGAUAGCGUGAAGGCGUUCGAGGAGAUGAUCGAGCCGUACCGCCUGCACGAGGAGGACCUGGAUGCCGAGGAGGCAGAGAAGCUGCGGCAGGAGAACCCCUGCAAGAUCUCCGACGACGAGCUGGAGAGGUUUCGCGACAAGACGUACCGUCAGAUCCGGAUGAAUGAGUUGCUGCAGGAGCACUCCCGCAAGGCGAACCUCAUUGUCAUGAGCUUGCCGGUGGCGCGCAAGGGAGCGGUCUCAAGCACGCUCUACAUGGCCUGGCUGGAGGUGCUGUCGAAGAACCUACCGCCCACACUGCUCGUCCGCGGAAAUCACCAGAGUGUGCUAACAUUCUACUCGUGAGCGCCAGCGGGCGGAUGCUGGGUAGUGGGGGGGCGUGGGGGGGCGUGCGAAGAUGAUUGGGAAGCGCAUGUCUGUACCCUUUUGAGAGAGGAGCAACGCAAGUGUGGGGGGGGUCUCCGUUGCGUUUUCACUGGAAAGCGGUUUGGCCUGCUCUUUUGAUUGCGUCGGCCUCGCUUGUUGGGCGUUCGACGCGAGUUUUUAGACUGGGUUUUUGCCGGAGCGUAGAAAGAAGCGUGCAAUGUGUGUUUCGUUUAAAUUUUUUGUUUUGCUACCGGAAAGGAGUUGGGUAGAUGGGGCGGCGUUAGGAGGCGCUCGCGGGCAGGUGUGGAGGGUAAUGAAAUAGUAGCAUUAUUUUAAUUGAAACUUGUCUCGUUAGUUUUUUGAAGAAAUGUUUAGGUUUAUUAAUGUGUAGAGACGGACCAGGUUGCCUGCUGUACGUGCUUUAUUUUUUGUUUGUUUGUUAUCAUAACAGGCCUCGGUUUUUAAGGUGUGUUUUUAAGGAUGGUCAUUGAACAACGGAAAGGGAGGCCGAAGGUUGGCAAUGCACGUAGACGUUUUUGUAGCAAAGUCUUCGACAUUCACAGGGUGCAAACCUGCCGUGCACACCGGGUCCGAUUGUCAACUUAUUUUUCAAUCGUUGCCCACUGUUGGUUUGACAUGAGCACGUUUAUGUAGUUCUGAUUUCCGAAUGCAGUUGCGUUGACGUUUGAGGGUUCGCUGUCAGUUGUUAUUUGUCCGUAUGCAGUUCUUUCAGCCGCAAGUUUUUAAGUGCCUUUUGGUGUCAUACAGGAUGGGAGGGGGGUGUAAAUGAUCAUUUUAUUUUCCAUGAAUGUGAGGGAGUUGCGAGCGGCCCAUGUCAAUUUCACACGUGACUGACGGGUGCCGUUGUUGGUGGCAUGAUCAGCCACGAUGAAUCCGCUGCUGGAUGAAGAUCUCCCACAAAGCCAUCAGCCAUCACGCACCACGGCCUUGCAAUGUAACGGUCCAUCUCACUCCUGCACACGAGAUGAUUUAAUUGCUCCGCCAUCGCGGUGGACAUUCACUCGACGACGAGAGGACAAAGUGUCGCGGUUAACUUUGUGUGGUAGGUGGCAUUGGUGUUGAGUGGAUAAAGGUGUGUUUGGUGGGGGCCUUAACAUAUUGACUGCCAUAUGACCGACGAUAGGUCACAUGCUAUCUAAGCUCUUUAUACACCCCCAUAAAUAGUUUUUGGGUUGUACCGCGCAUCAUUUUGCAUGAUUCGGCCGACGUUUCAGCGCCGCGUGCUUCGCAGAUUCCGCUUUAAUUCAAUUCCGGAGGAGCUCCUGGCACACACAAUGAAAUGUCGGACAUUGCACCGAAUCGAUGCGUGGUAACAACCUGGAGACGCAUCGGAGAGCCAUACAGCACGAAAGUGAAAACCACACGUUUGCCUUUCAACACCUGUCCUCCUUAUUUCUCUCGGUGACAACAACCAUGCCUAGGGCAACAAUGCAACAAGAACGGUCACUUCCGGGUCAUAUGGGUCCCCGGGAAUAAGCGGCAUAUGACCCCAAGGUUUAUUUUCAAUCGAGGGUGGGGAUUGUGCAGCAGUUGGCAAGUUUGAUGGGAGGGUUCACUCGGGUGGUCCGUGUGUGCGAGUGACGAUGACGGGGCUCGCAGGGUUGAUUUUAACUGGCUUGGUUCUGCUGCUUUCGCUUUAUUCUCUAUACACAGCUCGCUGGGUUUCUGAAUGAUUGGAAGGGUGGCAUAAAUCCAAAAAACAAAUGUGUUCUUCCAAAGUGAUGUGUAAUUAUGUCCCUUUUAAUUGUACGCUUGGGCAGAAUUGCAAGCCUUUAUAGUUAAAUGCAAUAAAUUGUUUAUGGAA